GAGCGUGCGCUGAGGAACGUGUUGGGGCCUCGGUUCCGAGGACUUGGAAGAGAACCCGCUUGAGCAACAAUGGCGGGGCAGCGCAUCCCGGUACCUCGGCUCGAGGGUAUUUCGCAGGAGCAGUUCAUGCAGCACCUCUAUCCGCAGAGAAAGCCUCUAGUAUUGGAAGGAAUUGAUCUAGGGGCAUGCACAAGUAAAUGGACAGUGGAUUACCUAAGCCAGGUCGGAGGAGCGAGAGAAGUGAAGAUUCAUGUUGCUGCAGUUGCCCAGAUGGACUUCAUUAGUAAGAACUUUGUAUAUAGAACUUUACCUUUUGACAAGUUGAUUCAGAGGGCAGCUGAAGAAAAGCACAAAGAAUUCUUUAUUUCAGAGGAUGAGAAAUAUUACUUACGGUCACUUGGAGAAGACCCUAGAAAGGAUGUUGCAGAUAUCAGAAAGCAGUUUCCUUUAUUGGAAGGAGAUAUUAAGUUUCCAAAAUUCUUCAAAGAAGAACAGUUCUUUUCCAGUGUUUUUAGAAUAAGUUCACCAGGAUUGCAACUAUGGACUCACUAUGAUGUAAUGGAUAACUUCUUAAUACAAGUGACAGGAAAAAAACGUGUGGUACUCUUCAGUCCUCGAGAUGCCCAGUAUUUAUAUUUGUCAGGCACUAAAUCAGAAGUACUGAAUAUAGAUAAUCCAGACUUAGCUAAAUAUCCACUGUUUUCCAAGGCAAGAAGGUAUGAAUGUUUCCUUGAAGCUGGAGAUAUAUUAUUUAUUCCUGCUUUAUGGUUCCAUAAUGUAAUUUCUGAAGAGUUUGGAGUUGGAGUGAAUGUCUUUUGGAAGCACCUUCCAUCUGAAUGCUAUGAUAAAACAGAUACCUAUGGAAACAAAGAUCCUACAGCAGCAUCAAGAGCUGCUCAAAUUUUGGACAGAGCUUUAAAAACACUGGCUGAAUUACCAGAGGAAUACAGGGACUUCUAUGCACGGCGAAUGGUCUUACACAUUCAGGACAAAGCUUACAGCAAAAACUUCGAGUAAAUAAUGAAGUAAAUAUGAAAUAUUAGCGUUAAGAUUAAAUUGACCUCAAAUAUUGGAAAAGUUGAAUAAUACGUAAAUUGUUUUUUUUUUAAGAUUUUUUGUGUUUAAAUUAUGAAAGAAAUCAGUUUCAGAUUUAUAGAUUAAAGGAAUGUUUGCAUAGUUUCUACUUAAUAUAGUGUUAUGGUUGAAAAAAUACAGUAACUGGGACCACUCUUUAAUUUUGAGAUACAAAUAACUAAAAAUCCAACUUUAAACAUUAAACAAUAAGAAAGUAUAUUAAAUUAUUAUGCAUGAAGUUUUUCUGCUAGGAUGGGCUUCAGUAUUUCUAAUUUAUAGUGCCGCCAAGAAGUAGAGGUUUUUUUCCUCCCCACUCUUCUCAAUGGCAGCAUUGGCAUCAUCCUAAGCUGGCUACUCUCAUGGUCAUGGGAUGAUUGCCAAUAGCAGUUGGGGCCGUGUGCAUCCUCAUUUACAUGCAGUGGAGGAUUCAGGCUGGAUUCCAGGAGCCCUGUCUUAAUAUAAGAAAGCUUUCCCAGAAUUUUCCACCAAAUCCUUGGGUCUCGUUGAUUGAAAGUUGCUUAGAUCUGUCCAUCCCCAAGCCAGUCACUGGCACAGCGUAAGGAAUAAUCCUUAGGCCAGCUGGGUUUAUGGAGCUGGAAGUAGAAUCCUUCCUGAGGCACUUGAGAUAUGUAUGGGUGCAGAAUGGAUAAUUUUUUAAAUCAGGGUUCUGAUAAGAAAGGAAAAAGGGUAGGCAGCCAACAACGUCUACAUUAAUUUUUUGAACUUUUUAAAACAUGCCUAAACCUUAACUUUGUAGAUUUUGAUUCAGUAUGUUUGGGACUUGGUAUAGGUAUCAGUAUGUGACAGAGCUCAUAGGUUUUUUUGAUGCAUAAUCAAGAUUUGAGAACCACUGGAUUAGAUGACAGUCAUUUGAAUUAAUUUUGUGAUAUAUCCAAAACAAAUUUUUAAUCUGAUCCUGGUUUUUCUUGGCACCCAAUAGAAGUCAGGUCUAUCCCUUUUAAGUUUUUGAAUGUUAAAAAAUACUCAAAUCAGUUUUAACUGAUACCUAUAGCUAAACUUUAACCAAAAGUUUGCCUCCCACUAAAAACUUUUCCAACUAGCCUUUUUUAAAACAGAAAAAAAAAAAUUUAAGAAUGAAUACAUUAGACAUCCCAGUGAUGCUGUUGUCACUGAAGACAAUGAGCUAUUAUAUGUUGAACUGUGCCAUUCUUUGUCUUGCACUUACUAAUUACAUUGCAAUGCCAUUGAAGAAAGACCAAAUAUAUUCACUGAACCCAAAUGUGCCCAUCUAAAGCAACCUCAGUACAUUAAUUUGCUGCAUGUUAAUUACAGAGAAAAAAAUUUUCUUGAAAACCCUUCACUCCUGUGUUUAGAGUUUUCAGCUAUUAAGAGGAGGUUACAAUAACUAAGGAAAAUGUGAGGACUACAGUGAAGUUACUCAGGUCAACAAAAGUGAAAAACUGUGAGAUCUAACCAUUAGAGUUUGAUUUUUGGUUACUUCUUAGUUUAAACAAAAUAUGUUAUGAGUGAUUCCUUAUGGAAAGAAAAAUCAAAACCCCUGUUUGUUUGAACAGUAUAGUCAGCUUUUUAAUAAGCUCUCCUUGGUUUUGCUUUUGAACCAGUUUGAGAAUCCGUGCAAAAUUGUAUCCAGAUCCACAUAGAAAUCUUAGAAGUAAAAUUGGGAUUACAGUUUGCCCAAUGUAUAUAUAUAUAUAUUUUUUUUAUUUGGGAAGUAAACAAGAUAUCCUUAGCAAGGUUAAUAAAUCUUUAUGAAGCUUAUUUUCCUAUCUUUAAGACAUAACAUAUACUUUAUAGGAUUGCCUAAAUACAAGGAGAUAGUUUAACGGUAGAGACAGUUGGUAACUGGUACAAACUUCUAUUUAAUCAUAUUCUUUUGUGGAGAGAUUUGAGAUAACUCCUGUUGCAAUGUUAAAUUGUAACACCUGAAAAAUCUAGAGAUGAACCUUUUGGGAAGUUUUAAGAUUAUUUCCCUAGUUGUAACUUUUAUGGGCCUGUUUGUUUUAAAUACAAUUUAUUUUAAUCUCUUCUACUUACAGGAUUGAGACCAAAUGAGAUGUUUUUAAUUAUUAUGUUAUACAGUAUGUAGUAGCUAGAUCUCAGGAAUUCCAAAUCGUAGAAUUUUAUUGCUGAAAGGGAUCUUAGCAAUCAGGUCAUCAAAUUGCUUAAAUAAUGAUCUGGGCUCACAGGGUUAAGUGACAGAAACUGGAAUUACAGUUCUGACCAAAUUAAUAAUUCUCCAUUCUUUCUCAUGUGCUACACAUCUCAAAUAUUUCUGAAUAGAUGAUAGUUAUUCUCUGGUUAACUUGGGGGCUUGAACUGACACAAAUGUUUUUCCUUUGCCAACAGCAUUUCUUAUUGUACUGCCUACUACACAGGCAAGGAAUACAAGAUAAGACCAAUGAACAGGUAGACAGCAAAGUGCAAUAUAUAAUGGAUAUUGUGUAAAGAAUGAGGCAGGGCUAUAUUUACUGGCAAAAAAUCUUUAUAAGGCAUUAGAUGAGAAAAAGGUUUGAAGCUGGGUUUAUUUAGUGUGCUGUUAUUUGUGCAAAACAAAGGUGUUCCCUAAGUAAGCAUUUUUUCCUUUGUGCUGAAUUAUCUCUGAAAGGAUUCACAAGAAACCAGUGAUGAUUAUGGUUGGACAGAUAGAUGGGCGGACUGGAAUUUGCCUUUGUGUAUAAUUUGAAAAUAAUAUUUCACCUCUCUAAUAUCCUUUCAAAAUAAAUUUUAAAAACAUGUAGAAUUAGCUUUUGUAAGCAUUAAUAUUUGUCUUGGUAUAUACUUACAUGGAAAUUCUGUUUAUCCAAUAAUUAACUGCAAACAUUUCCAUAAAAUACCAAAUGGGUAAUAAAAACGGCAACAUCCUUUUGAAUAGCAGCUAUGUGCACCUGGGAAGAACCUUAGUAGGGAUGCUUUUUUCUUCCUAUCAAAAUUUGCCAACAGAUAUGGAAGUUAAAUCUAAGAUGCUGACCAAAAAAAUGCAGGAAGCUGGAAUCUUGAGGGAGUUGGAACCACUGACUCCUUCCCCUAGUGCUAAAAAUUACAUGUAGUCAGGAGGAACUAACAUUAGAUUGGCACACAUCUCUGGUGUUACCUGAAAGUCUUGCUUCCAGUAUAUAGGCCAUGAAGGUUUGGGUGUCUUAAACACGCCUAGGUUGUAUUUUAUUUUUUAAAGUUCAUUAACUGGGAUACUAAAAUGACCAUCUGAAAUGACUGUCCAUCACUACCUAGGGCUGCUGGCCUCUUGGCAUUUGUAAAGAGCAACCUAUAUUUACAAAUGAUUAUCUUAUCCCUCAAAUAUGUAUCUUAAAGAUCAUUUUAGAAGAAAUAAUAAACGAUAGCUUUUUUAGGAACACUUACUUUUGUGUCAUGCCUUGCCUCUUAAGCCAUAGUCUGUUGCACAUUUCCAUACUCACAUGUUGGGUCUUUUAUCUGUACUGUAUCCUUAGCACUUAGACCUGCCUUGCCCUUGGUGAAUGCUUAGAUAUUAACACAUGAAUAAAAUGAAAAACAUCACACAUAUUCUAACCGAGUCUCUAAGACAGCUACAGAAUGAUAAGCACAAAAAAAGGGAAGAACUUAUUUUUGAAAGAUUUUGUUUAGGAAAUUCAACAGAAGAAAUGGAAAUAAUGCAAAUUUUGGUGGAGCACUAAAUAAAAGAAGGGAUGUAUUAUUUAUAGAAAAGGUUCAAAGUUGCUCAUUUAAAGAAACAUGAACAUUAAUGAGAACAUAUAAACCCUAACUGGAAAAGUAGAAACAGCUUCCUUUCAAAUAAUAAUCUGAAGUUAACAAAUCAAAUAACAUAAAGCACAUCCAAACACAUUUCUAUGGAUUAAUUUUAAUACAACUGUACAUUCAUGCUGUGGUGGUAACAAUGUUCACAUUAUUUGUAUGACUACUUUUUUCAGUUACACAAACACAAAGGCACAAUUCAAAAGGAUACAAUAACAUUUACACUUGUUUUAAACACAUGGGGGAAAGGACAAAUUUGAACUAUUAAAAUAUUUGAAUAUGGAUCAACUUGAAUGUCUCAUUUUGAUGCAAUGGCAUUUCCAGAUGUCUAAUGAGCUAUGUUAACAUCCAUUGAGCAUAUAACAAUUAUUCCUAAGCAGUCACAUGACCAGAUAGCUAAAGAACCCAGAUUUUUUUAAUUCAGUUAAAAAUCCUACUUUUUCCCAUUUUAGUUAAUCCUAUAAAAAUAAAUGUCUUUCUCUCAGAACAUUCAGUAACUCAACUAGAUACACUUAAGUUUAACCAAGAAUUAUUAAACUGAAAAAAAAAUGGUGGUGCUUUAAGACAAGGAAAUCAAUGCUAGAAUCAGAUUGACUUGUUUUCCUUGAUGAGAAUUUUUGGUCUCAAAAUAGUUAUUUAAAGAAACUGAAGCAAUAUAAAACUACUUUGUCCUUAAAAAAUUAAGAGAUACUAUUCUGCAGUUUAUAGAAGGAAGAAUGUUACUUUUAAGU